UUACGUUCUUGACGAACUCAAGUAAUUUCCGUCUUUGCUAUAUAUCAUUACGUUGCUUUUGGAUUACUCUUGAGACGUAGUCUUCGGAAAAUAGUUUGAUAAUUUUGAGCAUUCAUGGAAUAAGAUAUCGCAUCUGGAAACAGUCACUAGAGUAUAUAUUAAGGUCUUAUAUUUUCAUUCAUUUGUUCAGUUUUUCUAUAAAAUCAAAUUUUGUUUUCCAAAUUGAAUUCAUUAAUUAUAUUAGGAAGUGAUUGCAUUUAAUUUACAUUAUUUUCCUUCAAAUCUAGUUAUGAAAAUGUUUUCUGGAGUUUAUAACCAAAGUUGCUUAGUAAAAUAUGAUAAACAUUUGUAUAAAAUCAAAUUAAUGUAUAAAGAUACUAAUCCCUUGACGAAUGUUGAAGCUAGAACUGAAAACAGUGGUGAAAUUGAAGAAGUUAUUCGUGCUAUAUUAAAUUUAUUUCUGACAGAUGCACAAGUGCCAAGUAAGAUUCUUACCUUAAAUUAUUUGAUUGAUAUUUCAUUUAAGUUUUGGAAAAUUACUCAAACGAUAAAUUUUUAUUCAAAUGGGAAGAAACUGAAAUGUAAAUUUUACAUUAAGUUAUCCAUUUAUUCUAAUCAGUCAAUGCAUAUUAAUUAUAUGACUGUUAAUAACAUUAGUGAUUGUAAAAUGAAACAGAAAUUUCCCUUGCCCCCCACUUCUUCCCCUUCCUCCUCAAACAGGUAUUUCUGUAACAAAGGUCCUCUGGCAGAUCUUAGGAAUAUGAAAUUGAGAAAGAAGCAUCAUUUGAUUACCAGUGGAAUUGAUGCCUCAUUCAAAGAACAUUUCUUAAGCCACUCAAGCUACCUAGGAGAACAUUUAGCUCAUCUGAAUAUUCAAAAUAACUCAACAGCUCUUAGAAGACUUGAUCUGUUCUCUGGAAAUGGCACUGAAAAUUGCAAUACAUUAUUUCUACAUAGCCACAAUGAAAAUAAUUUAAAACCAGCUCCUAAAUUACACUCAAGUGCUCAUCUUAAUUCAUUUAAUUCAUUAUUAUUUAAUAAAAACCAAAAUUACAGUAUAGGUGACUUGUUAAAAAUACAAUUGCAGCAAAAUGCUGCUAAGACAAAAGAGAGCAACUCUUUGCAAUAUUUUAUCUUAUUAAUCAAUCGGUGCAAAUUAUCUGAAGAAUAUGCUUCACAGUUUUGCAAAUACACAGAAUAUCAUUUUUCUGCUUUUGACCGAGCACAAAAGAUUAAGAGCUGCUUAAAAAUUAAGACAGUUGUAAUAAAAUAUUUAACAUGUUGUUCUCUGAAUUACCGCUCAAGAAAUCAGAUUACUGGAACCUACUUACGGAAAAACCAGUCUGCUAAAAAGAAACAUAUUUGGUUUAAAAAGAGGAUGCAAGGACAAUCUCCAAGAGAAAUAGUAAAGAAAACUUGUUGUAUUAGGAAAAUCUCUUUUAAGAAUCAGAUUAGAAAAUGGAAAUUGAAGAAGAAUGAUCAGAAAAGUUUGAAAACAGAAGAAGAUUCAGAGAAGAUAAAACUGGAAAAUCUGAAGAAGUUGCAAAAGGAAGUGCCAGAGAAACUAAGCACAAAAGCUCCAAAGAGGUCAAGAAAGGAAGAUCUGAAAUUUAAAAAAUUCAACAAAGGUAGUAGUAGUCGAAAUACUGCCACUGAUGUUCAGAAUGAGAUAUUCUUCAGACCAAAUGACAGAUAUUCUGUUCAAAUCCAAGAACUUCAAGAAGACCUUAAACUUCAAUAUUUGGCUAAUUUGACAACAGAGUUGGAUUGAUUUAAUGACAGAAGCUUUUGUUUUUCUUUUUGUUUUCAUUUUGUCUAAAUUUCUUUAACCAACAGCAAGAAUAUUUAUUUCAAAUGAUUGUUAUACUAGUAGUAUAACAAUCCAUGAUUAUUUUGAAAAUUGUAAGAUGGAAUUGUAUAAUUUUUUGAGCCAUUAGAACCUUGAGAUGAUGUAAAAGUCCAUUUCAGUAGUAUUAAAGGUGCAAUCUCAAGAAACAUCUAAAAGAUUUUAUAAAGAAUAAAAAGGUUUGAAUGGUACAACAAUGCACUAUAAUACAAAAAAUGGACUAUAUACCUGUUGUAAUUUAGUUAUCCAUAGUCUGAUGAUAUUUCGGAAUACAAUUCCUUCUUCAGAUAUUCUUAAAUGGAGUCACUGCUUUUAUAUUCUUAUGUCUUCUGCUUUGUGAGUUGUCUGUUAUUUUUCACUUUAUGUUAAAAAGUAAACAGUAUUAACUAUGGAGCAAAAUCAAAAACAUUAUCUAUAAUAUUAUUCUGCUUUACUACAUUGGUAAAUUUUUAACAAAUGUUAAUACAGUUAUUUGA